UCCUAGGAUGUCUGAUGAAGCGACCUAUGCGACACUGAUGCUUCAGGACUCUGCAGGAGUGAGAGGUAAUCAGGAUGGAAAUAACCUAAGAAAAGAAGAAUGCCCAGCUCAAUCCCCACUUUGGCGAGGAGCUGCCUUGAGCUUGAUGACCCUCUGCUUGAUGCUGGUGACAGGACUGGUAACCUUGGCAACUAUGUUUUUGCAGGUGUCUAAUGAUAUUAACUCUGAUUCAGAGAAGUUGAGUCAACUUCAGAAAAUCAUCCAUCCACAGCAGGACAAUCUGUCUGAACCACUGAACAACUCCAGAAAGGGUCUUACAGAGGAAUCUCUCCAGUCCCAGAUCUCUGCCCUCCUGGAGAGGCAGGGGCAGAUGGCUACCAAACUCUGCAAGGAAUUCCUCAUCCAUGCUUCUGACCAUAAGUGCAAUCCUUGUCCCAAGACAUGGCAAUGGCAUGGAAACAGCUGCUACUAUUUCUCAGCCAAUGAAGAGAAAUCCUGGCAUGAUAGCAGAAAGGACUGUAUGGACAAGAAUGCCACGCUGGUGAAGAUUGACAGUAUUGAAGAAAGGGAUCUCCUUCAGUCACAGCUGUCCCUCACAUUCUCUUUCUUUUGGCUGGGAUUGUCCUGGAAUUCAUCUGGCAGAAACUGGCUGUGGGAGGAUGGUUCGUUGCCUCCUCCAACCCUAUUUAAUGAGAAAGAGCUUGCCAGUUUCAAUGGAUCCCGAGAGUGUGCUUACUUUGAAAGAGGGAAUAUUUACGUUUCUCGCUGUAGUGCUGAAAUUUCUUGGAUUUGUGAGAAGACAGCCUCCCUGGUGAAGAUUGAAGAUUUGGAAUAAUUUGAGUCUUCUAAGUUUAUCCAGCAGUAAGGGCCUAUUGCAAACCCAUGCAAGAAAGGAGGAAGCUACAAUAUUUGAGCCAAAAACCAACUAAAAACUGACUUAACCUAUCCCACGGACAAACCUGCUUCCCAGAACAUUCUCCUCCUCACUGUGUGAUCCCCUCUGACCUGGUCUUCUGAUUACUUAGAUCUUAAAAUGAUGUCAAGUGCUCAGGAAAGAACAUGUCUUCUUAGUCUGUCAAUAAACAUUGUUUCUUGCUUUAUUCUUACAAGUCUACACAGAGACUGGGUGAUAUUUAAUGCCAGACCAACACAGGCCACAGUUUUUGAGCAAGUUCUAGGAAACCCCUGUUAUAAAAGCUGCUCGAUCAUGUACAGGUCUGAGGGAGCCCAAGGUAAAGGACCUGGGACAACAGUGCUGCAUUGCUGAAUUGAAAAUAUUUUAGUAUUUUAGAGAGUAUCUAUCUAAACCCCUAAGUAUCAGCAAAAUAACCUAUGUAUUAUAAAUUCUUAUAACUUACACAAAGGAGGAUGAACAUUGUGUCUUAAUAUCUUUAUCAUUUAUUUAAACUAGUAAUAUUCAAGUUAUUGAUUUGGCAAUCAGCAAUUUAUCAGAAUAAUAAAGACUUUAUUACCAUUA